CAAUCGAUCAUCCACCGAGAAUAAGACGACCUCAGCAGCUGUCUGUCAGAAGCCUUUAGGCCUUCAUUUUUAUCCAUGUUUUCUGUUCCCUCUCUAACCCAUAGUAACUUCUUCUUUGUUGUUGUCUGUAUGACUUUCGUGACAUUGCCAUCUGACAGACAAACAUCUUUGCCAUGGUGUCCUCUAUGAUGUCAACGGAAGGUGCCGCUCACUCCGCCGCAGCCGCUGCAGCUUUCGCGGCCAAGAAUGACGCUGCCGCCGAAGCAGCUCUUGGUAAAUCCGAGUCCGAACAAGGAUUGAUGGAUAUUCUACUGGACUCCUUCUUGGGCUGCUUUUGCGAACAACCCAAUUAUUGCUACAACAUGAGCACCUUUGUUUCCGUCAACGACUGUUGCUGCGUUCCUUGUGGUGAUAACUCCCACUGCCCAGCCUGUUUCCCCGACACUGACUUUACCUACUGCCAGAAUGUUAGUGAUUUUUUCCCAUCAAGAAUGUCAGAGCAAGAAGCCAAGGAAGAAGAUGAAGAAGAUGGUAUCUUGGAGUAUGCUGAUGCAGAUUUCUUCUCCAUGAGCUUGUGUCAACCCACAAUGGGCUAUGAUAGCUAGAUAGAUAAUUGCCAAAGGAGGCUCGCAUCGGUAGUGGGUAGUUGUUCUAUGAGUUCACCACACUUUUGGGAGCAGCAUGGCACCUGUACGCUAGAGAAUGUAACAUUGCUAAA